GAUUCGCGGCAGGACGCAGCUGGAGGCUCCAGUUCUCCCAGGUGUCCGCGGCGCUCCGCGAUCCCGGCCAUCCCGAGUCCGGCACCAGGUGAGGGGGGGAGGUGCUCCCCGAAGUCCCAGUUAGAGGAGCUGCGCUGGCUGCGGUGCGCGCAGAGGCCACUGACUGCGCCUUCCCGCCUUCCCACCUUCGCGGAGCCGCUCGGGGCUGCUCGGGGCGGGUGGGGGGACGGAUAACUGGAGGACGCCUCCAAUCCCCGCGGGCGCCACGCCCGCCGCGCCAGCGGCGCCGGGAAUAAGAACAGAGCGCGGAGCCGCAGAGGUAAAGCUCGGGCUCCGGCAGAGCGUCGCGGAGCCACAGUUUGUACGCAGGGCCCAGGAGACCGAGCGACCAUGGACGCGACGCGGGGCAUCGGCACCUUCGUGGUGUGGGACUACGUGGUGUUCGCGGGGAUGCUGCUCAUCUCAGCUGCCAUCGGCAUCUACUACGCCUUCGCGGGGGGUGGCCAGCAGACCUCCAAGGACUUCUUGAUGGGCGGCCGCAGAAUGACUGCCGUGCCCGUGGCCCUGUCCCUCACCGCCAGCUUCAUGUCGGCCGUCACCGUCCUGGGCACCCCCUCGGAGGUCUACCGUUUUGGGGCCAUAUUCAGCAUCUUUGCCAUCACCUACUUCUUUGUGGUGACCAUCAGCGCGGAGGUGUUCCUCCCCGUGUUCUACAAACUGGGAAUUACCAGCACCUACGAGUAUUUAGAGCUCCGAUUUAACAAAGUUGUCCGUCUCUGUGGAACAGUCCUCUUCAUUGUUCAAACAAUUCUGUAUACUGGAAUUGUUAUUUAUGCCCCUGCCCUGGCUUUGAAUCAAGUCACAGGAUUUGAUCUAUGGGGCGCAGUAGUGGCAACAGGGGUGGUCUGUACAUUCUACUGCACACUGGGUGGUCUUAAAGCUGUUAUCUGGACAGAUGUUUUUCAAGUUGGGAUCAUGGUGGCUGGAUUUGCAUCUGUAAUUAUACAGGCUACAGUGAUUCAAGGUGGAAUCAGCACUAUUCUAAAUGAUUGCUCUAAGGGUGGAAGAUUAAACUUCUGGAAUUUUGAUCCCAAUCCUUUGCAAAGACAUACAUUCUGGACAAUUAUUAUAGGAGGGACCUUUACAUGGACCAGCAUCUAUGGUGUCAACCAAUCCCAAGUGCAGAGAUAUAUUUCCUGUAAAAGCAGAUUCCAGGCAAAAAUGUCUCUCUACAUCAAUCUUCUGGGGCUCUGGGCAAUCCUCGCCUGCUCAGUGUUAUGUGGGCUUGCCCUAUAUUCCAGGUACCGUGACUGUGAUCCUUGGACAGCCAAGAAAGUGUCUGCACCAGACCAGCUAAUGCCUUAUUUGGUACUGGACAUUCUGCAAGAUUUUCCGGGACUUCCUGGACUUUUUGUGGCCUGUGCUUACAGUGGAACAUUAAGCACAGUGUCCUCCAGUAUUAAUGCUUUAGCAGCAGUAACUGUGGAAGAUCUAAUUAAACCUCACUUCAGAUCGCUCUCAGAAAGGUCUCUCUCUUGGAUUUCCCAAGGAAUGAGUGUGCUGUUUGGAGCUCUGUGCAUUGGAAUGGCUGCACUGGCAUCACUAAUGGGAGCUUUGCUGCAGGCAGCACUCAGCAUAUUUGGCAUGGUUGGUGGACCACUUCUGGGCUUGUUUGCUUUGGGCAUUUUGGUUCCCUUUGCCAACUCAAUUGGAGCACUUGUUGGCCUGAUGGCUGGAUUUGCUGUUUCUUUGUGGGUCGGAAUUGGAGCUCAACUUUAUCCUCCACUGCCUGAAAGAACUAUGCCACUAAGCCUUGAAACCAGUGGCUGUAACAGCACAUACAAUGUGACAAAUUGGGUGACAACCACAGAAAUGCCAUUUUCUACUAGUGCUUUUCAAGUACACAAUGUGGGAAGCCAUUCUAUGUGUUUUAAGAACCUGAAUCAGGCAGAUCUGCAUCCCACCGAGUUCCCUGGUCAUGGCUCUGCAGAUAAAGCCACUGGUUGGGACUACUUCUUGGGCAUUGCAGCUAGGAACUCAGUUUUCCAAGAUCUGACUGCUGGUUGUUGCAAGCCCCUCCCCGUUUUCCCAUCACAAUCAGAUUCCCAGUGGUCAAGUCCUGCAGAUUCCCCUGCAAUUCCUGGGGGUAAAAUUGGAAUGGGGAUUCCUAAAAAGUGA